AUGGAUAACAUCAAAUUGAUCCUCAUCGCCCGCCCUUCUCUGGCGCUCUUGACCCUCGCUGUCGCUUCAGCCACCGUAUACUGUCUUGCUCUCGCUAUUUAUCGUCUCUACUUUCAUCCCAUUGCUCAUUUUCCAGGUCCUAAGCUUGCCGGCCUUACAAGAUGGUAUGAGUUCUACUACGAAAUCGUCCAGAAAGGCCAGAUGACCUUUCAUAUCCAGAAUCUCCACAAGAAAUAUGGUCCCAUCGUACGCGUCACUCCAAAUGAAUUGCACGUUCUCGACUCCGACUACUUCGAAGAGCUCUAUGUCAAGUCUGGUAGGCUCGACAAGUAUGCGCCGUUCUCUGCCAGGUUUGGUACCGACGAUACUUUUUUCACCGCGCCACUUCAGGAAGACCACCGUCGCUUGCGCAAUGCCGUAGCCCCCUUCUUCUCUAAGCGAAAAAUCAUGGACUUUCAGCCUGUGGUGCGGGCCAAAUUGAGGAAACUAUGCUCAAACGUCCAAGAAUAUGCGGGAACUGACCGUGUGUUCCCGCUUCACCGUGCCUGGACCGCUUAUGCGGGAGAUGUCGUGACCGAAUUCUGUUUCGCAAAAGCCUACGACCAUCUCGAUUCUCCGGAUUUCAAAGUGACCUUCCACGAAGCGAUGCACGCCGCCUGCGAAUCAUCCAGCGUGCUGAUGCAAUUUCCGUGGUUGUGGCCUGUGAUGAACAGCCUGCCAGAUUGGUUGGUGCUGAGACUCGAGCCGAACAUGUACAUGCACAUUCAAGUGCAACAGGACUUCCAUCGGACCAUCUCCGCACUCAAGGAGGACCACGACGAAUCUAAGAAGAUGGUUGACCAUCCCACGCUGUUCCACGAGAUGCUUCACAGUGACCUUUCCGAGAGGGAGAAGUCAGUCAACCGCAUGGUCCAAGAGGCUCAAGUCAUCAUUGGGGCUGCCAUCUUGACCACGUCCUGGGCCGCUGCGGUGGCCAGCUUCCACAUCAUUGACAAGCCCGACAUCUUCAGGAAGUUACGUGCCGAGCUUGAAGAGGCCAUUCCCGACCCAUCCUCGCAGCUCGACUGGCAGAAUCUUGAACAGUUACCCUACUUGACAGGGUGUAUCAAAGAGGGUAUCAGACUAGCAUAUGGGAUCGCUUCGCGGCUGCCUCGGGUCGCCCGUCACGAUUUGAAGUACAAAGACUGGGUGAUCCCGGCAGGCACACCAGUCUCCAUGACUAUCGUCGACAUGAAUCAUGACGAGGAUAUCUUCCCUCAAUCACAUUCGUUCAUUCCAGAGAGGUGGCUGAACAACCCAACCACAAAGGACGGCCAACCGCUAGAGCGGUACUUUAUUGGGUUUGGGAGAGGAACAAGGCAAUGUAUUGGGUUGAAUCUUGCUCAAGCUGAGCUGUACAUGGGGCUUGCAUCGAUCUUUAGGAGGUUCUCCUUUGAGCUGUACGAGACUGACGUGUCGGAUACGGUGUUAGCCCACGAUUAUUUCGUGCCAACUGUCAAGCUCGACACCAAAGGGAUCCGAGUCAAGGUGAAAUCGGUGGAAAAGUAG